AUGUUGCGUCGAACACUGGCGCUCUUCUCCGAGGCAUCGCGUUCUUCUUCUUCUCGGACCUCUUCUUCAUUGGCAUCUUCCAUUCUCACCUCGCACUUGUCGAAAUCGCAUCUUCCACCAGCACUCGUAAGAAGCGCAUUACCACACAAAAACUUAUACCAGCUUCUUUCCUCCUUACCCAAUGAUGGCGUCGGUGCACGUGUCAGACAACGAAGAUGGGCAGCAAAGGGACUUGAUGUGCCAAACAACGUCGAUCUCAAGUCGCAUUUGAAGAAAUUGCAUACAAAGCAGGGUGGAAAGGCGAAGAAGGAAGAGGGACACUUGUGCUAUUGGGAGGUCACAAAAGCCAGCUUGAAGGACGGUGGAAAACAUGGAAAGGCUUGGGGAAAGCUUGUUUGGAGAGGCAAGCCUAUCACGGAAAGCGAGACAGGUAAACGCAUUCCUGGUGCUCUCAAGUACUUUUGGGAUAUCGCAAAGUAA